AAUUCAUAGUCUCAUUCAAUUGUAUCAUGAACAGGUGUCCCAGCAAUAGCAACCAGAAGACAGAAGACGCUGCGCUUACCUCUGAUGCAAUGGUAGUCUUGGGGCGCCUCUCCAUCUCCUAAAAGCACGCAGAGCGAGUGGGGAAAUCCAGCAAUUUCUUAGGAACACAGCAGCAAAAACGAUCCGCAAUGGCAGCUAAGGAGUCAAGCAGCUGCUCCAUGUUGAACCUGUCCUGGACACAGAGCCAUCAGGCACGUCUUGGUGGCGGAAGCAACGCGUGCCAUCGGGAAUGUAACGAGUGCCGUCGGGGAUGUAACGAAUGCCAUCAGGGACGCAACUUUCAUCGCUCCCCACAGUUCCAGCCGCAGUGGGAGCACAAUUUCUACACUCCUCAGUACACUGCAAACGUUUCUUGUCCUUACUACAAAAAUGCCCCCGAUAUGGGGCUUGGACCGGCUCUCCAGGGACCACCUCAUGCAGAAAAUUACGCAAUGGAUAACGACAUGAGCGGAAGCAGCGAACGCGACAAACCCCGACCUUGUUCCUGCUACAAGUACACCCAGCAAAUGGAGGCAGUUGCGGCAGAGACUGCAGGGCCUCAGGACAUGGAGGAAUACGACACAGACCCGAGUGAGCUGCAACCUUCUACGGUGACAUAUGCCGAAGAGGAGAGACAGGACGCUUCAGAUUUGUCAGAGUUUCGGCAGCGCAGAGGCACUGCCAAGAAGAUGCCAAGCGAAGAGAUCGAAUCGGGUACGGGUAUUAGAAGCAGAGAUCGCCACGAUCCCCUCUACUUUGAUCCCCUCAACUACAAGGCCACUACGGGCCAGAAGAGAAAGAGGAAAGUCACCAAAACCAUCUAUGUGCCCGCUCCGAGUUCCCUUCAGAAGUGCCAAUGCGCCACGAAGGCCACCGAGCAAGGAAGUGCCAGCAGAAAAAGCUCUCCGUGCACAGGCCAAUGUCUGCGAUGUCGUAGCCGCACGCGGGAUAACCUUCCUCCUCCACCAGUGGCCCGAUCACGCCAUCCCUUUGCCGUUUACGCCCAGCGGAGCGACAGAUCCUGCAGCUGCCCGGCAAGGGAAAGGAGUGCCUCGAACAAGCGCCCAACGGAUUACAUUGCCUUGAAGCCAUUUAAGGCGAUAAUCAAGAAUAAUCCGCUGGUCGUGUGCCGUGGCAGCUCUCAAAUGGAUGACCUGCUGCCCCACGAGGAGUACUUCGAGAAGUAUGAGAGAAACUGGGCCAAGCCGCGGCACACUUCAUCCAAAAGGAGCAAGAGCCGGGGCAAGCAGCGAUACACCGAAAGGGACGAGGAUUACAUCGAGAUUGCCGGCCAUCGAGAUGAUACGAUUCCCUGGAAAUAUCUCGAACGCAACUCCAACGAGACGAUGGUGGAGCGACAGGAGCAAAUCCAUCGCUACAGCUUUGCGGAGAAUGAGACUUGCAAGAGGAUGUCCAGGGAAAGAGGCAGGACAUAUCCCUCGUGCGGAAUGGGUUGCCUGCCCACAAAGUCGCGCGGCUGCAUUCGCCUCAUCUGCCGCCUGCAACCCAAGCGACCGACUGCAGGGAGUGCUGCAAAGGGACAACUUCUCAUUCUGCCAGAUGCCCAAACGCAAAAGCCCACGACCAUCUAUAGAGCGAUGGCAGCACCUGUGCCCAGGCGCCGCAAGCGGCGUGCCACCAAGUCCCGCAAGAGGAGCAGCUAUUUCCCGGCAGUGCCAAGAUCCUGCGUGCUCCGCGUUUGCUAUGUCUCCCCUGGCACUAGAACCCGAAAGCUACGUUGCAGAGGCGGCAGAAAUGGCUCCGCCGGAGAGCUCAGAAAUCCCAGCAGAGUCCGCACACGGCCGACAAGCGUUGCCGAGGCACCUUCCCUGAUGCCUGCUCCUCAAAGGCGUUAUGUAUCUGCCCCAAGACCAACCUUGACAGCGGCCCGACACGAUGCCUCCGUGCACGGACAUUUGAUUCAGGGACGUAGCAGCGGUGCUAGUCCAAGUCGCUUGCCUACCAGCCAGUCGAAGGCCAGACGCUCCGCACAGCAGCCGCAGCCGUACUUGAACUCCCAGCAGCCUCAGGCACAGGCACAAGCGAGAUACUCCCAGCAGCAACGGGCAUACGCCAGUCCAAAUCACCCUGAGAGUCGAGUGCUAAAUCAUUCACUUCCCGGUCUUGUGCGUCCAAUUCCAGUACAUCCCAGAUCAGAGCUAGCACGAACUCUCCCACCGAGACUGGCAGUCCCAGUGAAGCCGCAGCGACUCCCAACGCCAGGAGAAGAGAAGCCAAUUCCUAGCAGGCUGCAGAAUCCUGAAGCAACUCUUAACAGGCCACAAAAUCCAGCGCAAAGUCCUUCUAGGCCAGCUCAGAGUCCCAUCAGGCCACAAAAUCCAUCGCAAAGUCCAUCGCAGCCACGAGAGGCGGGUCCUGCAAGGCCACCAAAUGCAGGGCGAAGCCCCACAAGGCCGCCACAACAGCAAGAAGCGGCGAGCAGUAGGAAACCAAAUGAUGAUCGAGCGGAGAGCAGGCCACAACAACAGGAGGCAGCACUUCCUACGAGGCCACAAAUUCAGGUGAAUUCAGGUGGAACCAGGCAUCAACAUCAAGAGGUAGGAGGACCUUCCAGGCCACAAAAUGAAGCUCGACAACAGGAGCCAAUCUUGCCGCGAAAUCCAAAGGCAAGUGCCGCCAGGCCACAGUCCGUGGAGCAGUCCGAACGAGCAGCAGCCGAGGAACCACUUCCCGCAGCUAGGGGACCCGCUGCCUUCUAUCGCGGCAGCUUUCUGCGAGUCCGCGAAUCGCAGGAGCACCUGAACGAGAGCAGCCGCGGACCCGUGUAUCGCAGGGAGCCGGUUAGUUAUUUGAGGGCCAACCAGCGACGCGGACUGGUGCUGAAUCCGGACUCGCAGUCGCUGCUUGCCACCAGAGCGUGGCCGCGAAUGCUGCAAAACUACCAAAAUUAUGUCUUUGGUGGCCCCAACAUCAAGAGUCCGGGCAGCUGGAGCUGGCGCCGGCUGUUUGGCAGCUAUCUGAAGAAGAGGAAAUCCAAGAUCUAGCAGUCAGAGGAGUCGGGACG